UUUCAAGCACCGCAAGGAGUUCCGGGCAUUUUUCUACCAGGAAGUGGAACUAAGCAAGGCCGACCUGGUUGCCAUUGAGGAGUAUGUGGUGGAGGUGAAGAGCGUCACCGCCCCGACUACACGACGGCAGACUCGUCCACAACUCGCCGGUCCAUCCCGCGACCACAAGGUAGGCACGACCGGAGUUGUGGAUGAAGCAGCUCUGUCUAGAAGUACCACGCGACGAGGACCCAGCGGCACUUCAAGAACCUCUCGCGAGGAGCAGGACCAUCAAGGUUCAUCUUCCGCCGCUCUUCACGCGGAAUCAUCGAGGAGAACAACAUCAAGAACAGACACGACGAUGAUGGCCUCCACUACACUUCUCGUGCGCGACCUAGACGCGCUGACGGAGCAAAUCCUGGACAUGCAGCGCGCGUCCUCCCUAACUUGGCAGUUGCUCGACUGGUGGCAGAAUCUCUCUACCCGCGCCACCGCGGCCUGUCUGCGAGUUCGCACCGCGUGUGGGGCGAUGUUGUUUUCCUCGUCCCGGCGGGAAGGGCAAGACAAGGAACAACGGGAAUUGAAUUCAGCUCGGCGGGGGAGAGCUGGGAUAUGCGAUGAAGAUCAUGAGCAAGUUCUUCGUGGAGGGAAAGCGAUACUUUUACCGAUUGAAGACGAACAAGUUGCACCAACUACGUCACAGGUCGAAGAUGUAGUUGCGAACGAUAAAAAUGUUGGCAACGGUCGUUUUUCAUCUGCUCGUCCUGAGCAGCGGCGUAGUAGAAGCAUAAACAACGCGAACGCGGCCGCCCCCUGUCGUGACGAGGACGCGUUUCGUUUUAAU